AUGUACGCCUCCUACUCUCCUCAUGGACACCGGAACAUAAGGCAGCAAGGCAACCCCGGUACUCAGGGUCUUCCAGGGCCACAGGGAGCCAUCGGCCCCCCAGGAGAGAAGGGUCCAACCGGUAAACCAGGACUUCCAGGGAUGCCCGGAGCUGACGGCCCCCCGGGUCACCCAGGAAAGGAGGGACCUUCCGGAGAGAAAGGACAUUUGGGCCCCGCCGGCCCUCAAGGACCAAUCGGAUACCCUGGUCCUCGAGGCGUGAAGGGAGCUGAUGGUGUACGGGGUCUGAAAGGACACAAGGGAGAAAAGGGAGAAGAUGGAUUCCCUGGCUUCAAGGGAGACAUGGGCAUCAAGGGAGACAGAGGUGAACUGGGAUCUGCAGGACCAAGAGGAGAGGAUGGCCCUGAGGGCCCCAAGGGUCGCUCUGGUCUCCCUGGAGACUCUGGACCUCUGGGACCUAAUGGUGAAAAGGGCAAACUUGGUGUUCCUGGGUUGCCAGGUUACCCAGGAAGGCAAGGACCAAAGGGCUCUCAGGGAUUCCAAGGUUUCCCCGGAGCCAACGGAGAGAAAGGAACCAGGGGCACAGCUGGAAAGCCUGGCCCAAGGGGACAGAGAGGACCAACGGGGCCUCGUGGAGAGAGGGGCCCGAGGGGACCCACAGGAAAAGCUGGACCAAAGGGGAACUCAGGAAGUGACGGCCCCCCAGGGCCUCCUGGUGAGAGGGGUCUUCCAGGUCCCCAGGGACCAACAGGAUUCCCGGGGCCAAAGGGCCCACCAGGCCCCGCCGGAAAGGAUGGUCUGCCCGGACACCCAGGACAGCGAGGAGAAACUGGUUUCCAAGGCAAGACUGGCCCCCCCGGACCUCCAGGUGUGGUGGGACCUCAGGGACCCACCGGUGAGACAGGACCCAUGGGGGAUCGGGGCCACCCAGGCCCCCCAGGACCCCCUGGUGAGCAGGGUCUACCUGGAGCUGCAGGGAAGGAGGGAGCCAAGGGUGAUCCAGGUCCCGCAGGCCCAGCUGGUAAAGAUGGUCCCCCCGGUCUGAGAGGCUUCCCUGGAGAGAGAGGUCUGCCCGGCCCAGUGGGGGCUCAUGGCUUGAAAGGAAGUGAAGGCCCCAACGGCCCACCUGGACCUGCUGGUUCUCCUGGUGAGCGUGGACCCGCCGGCCCCGCUGGACCCACUGGACUCCCCGGCCGCCCUGGACCUCAGGGACCCCCAGGCCCCUCAGGAGAGAAGGGCGGACCAGGAGAGAAAGGACCGCAAGGCCCAGCCGGAAGAGAUGGUGUCCAGGGACCUGUGGGUCUGCCCGGACCUGCUGGCCCUCUGGGACCCCCAGGGGAGGACGGAGACAAGGGAGAGAUUGGAGAGCCUGGUCAGAAGGGAGGCAAAGGAGAUAAAGGAGAACAUGGUCCCCCUGGUCCUACUGGCCCACAAGGCCCGGUUGGAGCCCCCGGUCUCACUGGUGCUGAUGGGGAGCCCGGGCCCAGAGGCCAACAGGGCCUGUUCGGACAGAAGGGAGACGAAGGAUCCAGAGGGUUCCCCGGACCUUCCGGCCCUGUUGGUCUGCAGGGCUUGCCUGGACCCCCCGGUGAGAAAGGAGAAACAGGAGACGUCGGUCAGAUGGGCCCACCUGGUCCCCCUGGCCCCAGAGGCCCCUCCGGACCCCCAGGAGCUGACGGCCCCCAGGGCCCCCCCAGGAGGCAAUGGAAACCCGGCUCUGUGGGAGAGAAGGGUGACUCAGGUGAGGCAGGAGAGCCAGGUCUGCAGGGAGAACUCGGUUCUUCAGGUCCAAGAGGAGAGCGAGGCGAGAAGGGAGAGGGCGGUCCCGCAGGUUCUGCUGGACCUCCCGGUCCUAAAGGCCCACCUGGAGACGAUGGACCCAAAGGAAGCCCUGGACCUAGUGGUUUCCCUGGUGAUCCCGGCCCCCCUGGUGAGACCGGUCAGGCUGGUUUGGAUGGGCCCCCCGGUGACAAGGGAGACGACGGAGAGGCUGGUCAAGCUGGUUCACCUGGGCCCACCGGGGAGUCUGGACCUUCAGGCCCACCUGGAAAGAGAGGACCUCCCGGAGUCACUGGACCCGAGGGCAGGCAGGGAGAGAAAGGCACAAAGGGAGAAUCUGGACUGGAAGGUCCACCUGGAAAGACAGGUCCAGUUGGCCCCCAGGGGGCUCCUGGGAAGCCUGGCACUGAAGGCCUGAGAGGGAUCCCUGGUCCAGUGGGAGAACAAGGACUGCCUGGUUCCCCUGGCCCAGACGGACCUCCAGGACCUAUGGGUCCUCCAGGUUUACCUGGUCUCAAGGGAGACUCUGGAAUCAAGGGGGAAAAGGGUCAUCCUGGUCUCAUCGGUCUCAUCGGCCCCCCAGGCGAGCAGGGAGAGAAGGGAGACAGGGGCCUGCCUGGCCCCCAGGGAACAGGGGGUCUCAAGGGAGACAAUGGUAUUGCGGGUCCCUCAGGACCCAUCGGUCCCCUCGGGCCUCCAGGUUUACCGGGCCCCCCUGGUCCCAAAGGUGCUAAAGGAUCAUCGGGUCAGACCGGUCCUAAGGGAGAGACUGGUGUUCCCGGGCCUCCUGGCCUUCCUGGUCCCCCCGGCGACGUCAUCCACCCGCUGCCCAUGCAGGCCAACCCCAAGAGGAGCCGCAGGAACAUCGACGCCAGCCAGGUGAUGGACGAGGCGGCGGCGGCGGACGCCAACUACAAGGACUACGACGACGGCAUGGAGGAGAUCUUCGGCUCGCUCAACUCCCUCAAGCUGGAGAUCGAGCAGAUGAAGCACCCGCUGGGCACCCAGGCCAACCCGGCCCGCACCUGCAAGGACCUGCAGCUCUGCCACCCCGACUUCCCCGAUGGUGAGUACUGGAUUGAUCCUAACCAGGGAUGCUCCAGGGACUCCUUCAAGGUCCACUGCAACUUCACAGCGGGAGGAGAGAGCUGUAUCUACCCUGAUAAGAAGUCAGAAGGGGCUAGGCUCACGUCUUGGGGCAAGGAGAUUCCCGGCUCCUGGUUCAGUGAAUUCAAACGUGGUAAACUGCUGUCGUAUGUGGAUGCAGAGGGCAACCCUAUCGGAGUGGUCCAGAUGACCUUCCUCAGGUUGCUGAGUGCGGCGGCCCGACAGAACGUGACCUAUAACUGCUACCAGUCCGUGGCCUGGCACGACCAGGACCAGGACUCGUACGACAAAGCGAUCCGCUUCCUGGGCUCCAACGAUGAGGAGAUGUCAUACGACAACAAUCCCUUCAUCCGAGCCGUGGUGGAUGGCUGUGCGUUGAAAAAGGGUUAUGAAAAGACAGUUCUUGAGAUCAACACACCCAAGGUGGAGCAGGUGCCAGUUGUUGACAUUAUGUUCAACGAUUUCGGUGGAGCCGCACAGAAGUUUGGAUUCGAAGUGGGCCCUGUUUGUUUCCUCGGCUAAGACUGUUAAGUGAACUUUUGGAGAGCAAAAAAAAAAAAUAUGUUUUUGUUUUCUCAGAAACAAAAUACAUGCAAUGAAUCGGACACUUUCUAUUUGUAAAAUCAUUCUGUUUCCAAAAAGCAACAAGUAUGAGUAAAACACUUUCUAAACAAGAAUACAAUAUAAUUCAACAGGAAUUGAUAAGAAUAAUACAAAAACAGCAACCUUGUAACCUCAAUGUGCCUUCUCCAUCACAUGCAAGUUUUGAAACUGGAUAGAUCAGAUACUAUCAAGCCCCUUUGACUCUGCCCUCUAAUCCUAAUCCGUGACCUCUGCCAAUCUCCAGCGCACUUGACGCAGACACAGGUCUGCUGUCCCACACACCCAAGGCCUUCUCUGAAACUGGACUCGUUUCAGUGGGUCGGAAUAUUUGCAGUGGAGCACCAUCUGAUUUGGCUCUUGGUUUUCUUUACGUUUGGAUCUCUGUUUUUUCUCCUCUCCCUCCUUUCUUCACUUUAUUCAUUGGUUCGCCCGUUCAUUUUGGAAUCACUUUGUUUUGUGCAUAAUUGUCUCCCCAUUCUCUUGAAUGGAGCUUAUAUAUAUAAAUAUAUAUAAAUAUUUUUUGUAUGUUUGUAAGUAUGUUCUGUAUAUUUUUCCUGGUAAUGUUUUAUUGAUUCUGGCUUCAAAACGUGCAUGUGACCUUCUCAACUGUGAGGCAGGAGACGACGGGCAUUGGAAAUCAGUCAAAUUACACACACCCACAAGAAGAAGACGUUUGACUUGUAAAUUGAACAAAAAACAAAAAGGAACACAUUUGAUGGGGAGAGCUGUCUUGUUGCAGGUGUGGAGCACACCUUGUUGUAAUUUAAGAACAAAAGAAUGAAAUAACAAUAAAAGACAGAAACAAGCUCUGUUCUAUGUGAGAGUUGAUUUGCAUAAAAAAACAAAACAUUCCUCCUUUUUUUAUCUUAUAAAAUGCCUGUUUUGGUGGCAGUUGGAGAUUUAGUAACUUAAUAAACAGCUUCUAUCAUAUUUGUUUUACUAGUACUUUCCUAUUUUUCCUCUUUCAAACUAUAUAUGCAACGGGAGUCGACAUCACAACGUGAAAAACAAAGAAAUUUAAACUAAGGUGCUAUUUUUUUUUCUUCUCUCCUCCGUGGUGCUAUGUGUUUUUCUAGUGUUUGUUAUUUCUAUGACAGUAGUAUGAUUUCCAUCUUCAUCCAUCACCAUGGUUACCCCUGCCCCAACUCCCCUGUAGCCAUGACCUUUGACCCUGGAAGAUCUUUGCUACAUCCUUAUUUAUGUUCAGGGGUCUUUUAAUGCAUGCCGUGUCCCGUUUAUAGCCCAGUACAUUGUUUCUUUAUAUUCCUUCCAGCAAGGCCCAACACGUGUCUGAACUUACAGCAAUUCCCAGCAUGUGCUGAUGGAGAUAUGAGAUUGUAGUCGGUUGUUGAAUGUGAUGCUUAUCAAUCCACUCGAACUGUAGAUGUCUGUAAAAAAAACACACAAAGGAAUGGUACUGCAUUGUGUUUGCAUAUCAUAGCGUUUAACACAAUACAUCGUGUGAAUGGAUCUUUUGUGGUAUUUUUGUGCCAUGGUCAUCUUUAUGGAGUUUGUUCACAAGAGGCAAUAGGCCCCUUUCUGCUUAUCCAAAGUUCUUGGACACUUAACUCUCCUUCAACCAAAGUUUAUUUCCUCAUAGAAAUGUUCUUUAUCCCUUGAAAGAAACUGAAAACCCUGAUGAAUUGUAUUGGUUAAAUCCACUAUUGAGACAUUCUGUGUUCUUAGGUAAAAUAGUAAAAAGUUAAAUAUAUAUUUUAAUGAUAGAUUGUUCACCCGCUGGAAGAGAAGCCAGAUUAAAAGCUUUUUGUAAUUGUUUGGGUCUUCUGAUUUAUCUGUUAGUUUAUUCUCUUUUUGCGCCUUGUUAUUCCCUUUGUACAAACUAUGCACUCUUUAUGCUUUUGACCACUACAGCAUCUACCACAGAUCUUUACUGUCCUCUUUAAGUAGCUUGAUAUACGUUUCUUUUUUUUACAUAUAGAUAUGUGACUUGAACCAUUUCUGUUAAGGUGACUCCAAAAACACUUGUAGAUCUUUGGUUUUUAUGUUCAGUUGUGAUGCAGCACGCCAAAUUUAACACUUCACUCUCAAUAAAAGGACAACACAUUAUUGUAAAUUUUCAGAACCAGCAGUGACGCUGCCAAUAAAGUUUUUGUUUCGUUUUUGUUUUGUUGUUUUACGUUUGUCUGUUGUUUGUUGUCUUGUCAAACCUGUGUAAGAGAGGAUAGAAGAUAUAUUUGGUUUUUAUGUCAAUAAAUUCAAGUUUACUGUGGCCACCCACUCUUGUAUGUCUUUUGAAGCAUUAAAACCUAUCUGUAUGCAUGAAA